UUCUUGGUAGGUUUUGAGGAGGUCACGGAUUCAUCCAAUUCCAGCUUUCCUUCCAGCAAUUGGAGCAAGUUUGAAUUUUGGUGAGAGUCAUUAAAGUAAUCAGGUUUGUUUGAAGAAAUGAGCUUCCAAUUCCAUUAAAAUAGCUUUUCGUCCAUUCAUAGCUUAGCUUAUUCACUUAACCUUAUUAUUAAUGACCGAGUCCAAGAUGGAUAGUACUACUUUAAAACAAGGUUUGCCAACCUACUCCUCUAUUUGCCAAAAGAGAAAAACAACAAGGCAUAGCAGAAGCAAAUGGCAAAGUCCUCUUCCAUUAUUCUCUUCUUCACCUUCUGCUUGUUCUUCACAGCCGUGAUCAUCGAUGCAAGCAAUGGCAGCGAUCACGGGUUGAGCUUCGUUCCGGCCAAGGCCCGCUGCCAGGGUUCCAUUGCAGAGUGCAUGGCUGAAGAUGAGUUUGAGAUGGACUCUGAGAUCAACAGGCGUAUCUUGGCCACCACAAAGUACAUCAGCUAUGGAGCUCUGCAGAGGAACACUGUGCCAUGCUCUCAGAGGGGUGCUUCCUACUACAACUGCAAGCCCGGCGCACAGGCAAACCCCUACAACCGUGGCUGCAGUGCCAUCACUCGCUGCCGUAGUUGAUGAAGCUAGUUUAGAAUGUUACACAGAUGUUCAUGACUUAGAUCAUUGUGUGUGAAUUCUCAGUUCUGGUGUUCAUCGUGUUUUUAUGUUCUAUCUAUAUCUCAAAUACAGUUUCAUACUUUACAUAAAUGAAAGGGAAUGAAAAUAUGCAGGUUUGCCUUUGAAGUGUUCAAAAUAAGGGGAUGAUCCUUAAUUUGCCAGUGAAUUUUUUUGUUCAUGAACCUGGUGUCCUUUUUGGUGUUUUAUCAGUAGUAGCAUUUAGCA